AUAAAAGCCUUGAAUUCAUUUGAUCGAUAAUUAUUUCGCUGUAUAUAUCAAAACAAAAUGUGGAUUGUUUUACUUCUUCUUGCAUUUGGAGCAGCACAAGCUCAGCUUGAAUGUACCAUGGCUAGAUCGGGUGUCCAUAUUCCUGGGUCAGUACCAGUGAAAGGUGGACUUGCUAAACUUCUACCAGGCGUUUCCACUUGGGUGAUAAAAUUUUCACCACCAUGUGACCACUCUAUGCUCCAAAUUGACGUGUGCGAUGAGGAUGUCAAGCCGGAAGUUAAAAUUCUAUCAGUUACAGAGGUUAUAAUUACCCGUAAAGGCUCUGUAGACGGCACAAUUUUCGCUCGCGGCAUAUUCUGGUGCCCAGCGAUUCCUAUGGGCUAUUGA